AUGUCUAAAAGAGUGAAUGGCUCAUGGAUGGGGUCUGUCUCUGUCCCAUCAUCCAUCCCUCAUGCCUUCCGCUCACAGCUAUCCCCAUCUGCUGACCUCAGCAUUGCUGUCUUCCUCAUCAUCACAGGUGUAGUGUCAGUAAUUGGGAAUGGGUUAGUAUUGUUGGUUUAUGGUCAGAGGAGAAAGAAGCUCAGAGCGCAUGAGAUGAUGACCAUCAAUCUGGCUGUGUGUGAUUUCGGCUACAGCCUGCUGGGGGCGCCAUGUAUCGUCAUCUCGAGUCUGUCCCAUGCAUGGAUUUUUGGUGAAACAGGAUGUAUAUGGUAUGGGGUUCAGGGCUUUGUUUUUGGGAUUGGAUCUCUCAUCACCACCUGCCUCAUUUCCCUUGACCGCUGCUUUAAGAUCUGCAGCUUUCGAUAUGGUCAGUGGGUUGAAAGAAAACAUGCCUCUCUGUCUGUCGCUUUGGUUUGGAUCUAUACAUUGUUCUGGGCCUCACUUCCCAUGUUUGGCUUUGGUAGUUAUGGCCCCGAACCGUUUGGAACCAGCUGCACCAUAAACUGGUGGAGGAUGAAGUCAUCACUUACUGAUAGAGUCUAUAUAUUCCUGAUCCUGUCCCUCUGCUUUGGAGUUCCUACCCUUAUUAUCAUCGCCUCAUACCUUGCUAUCCUAAUCAGGGUGUAUUGGUCUAGUCGCAUUUUGGCUUCAAUCCCUUCAUCAACCGUCACUCACAACAGCAAAGAUCUCCGACUGACAAAGAUCGCAGCAGUGGUGUGUUCCUCGUUUCUGAUUGCCUGGACUCCAUAUGCGAUUGUUUCGCUCUACUCUGCUGUUAUGGCCAGAGAGGAACAGCCUGUGGAAGAUGGGGGAACAGCCAUCCCGGGUGGAAUAGCAGGAACAGGGAUUGGCCACGGUGGAGGGUUCCCUGAUGUAUUUGCCUUUCCCUUCCUCAUUAACUGGACCUCUUCAGAGCAAUUUGGAGAUGUCUUUGGCUCCUGGAGGAACAUGACCUCAAGUCAUUCCCAUUCAAUAGGGCAUCAUGGUUCAAAUGUCCAUGGUUCUGGACAUGGAGGAACAGGUGGACACCACUCACUUUCUGAGUCCAUCUUGAAACCAGAGUUCUCACUUAUCCCUGCUAUUUUUGCCAAGUCUCACUGCAUGAUAAACCCCUUCAUCUACCAGAUCAUGAACCGCGACUUCAGGGAGGAUGUGUAUGAUCUCCUGUGCAUUCGAGGAAAAGAUGGAGAGAGAAGGAGGACAAGAAGCACAGACGGAAGCGAUUCUGAUGGGCACCGUGGGAGCGUCACUCUCUCUUAUAUCCACAGCUGGAGGAGAAGAAGCACAUCAACCAGUCAGCCAUCAGAGAAAUGUGUGAAAAAAGAGUCCUCUCGCAAGAGCAGAGGAAAAAGAGGCUCCUGUCAGGAUAAUACGUCCGUCGGGUGGGCAACCUUGGAUACUGCAACCUUAGACACGCAGGUCAACUUAGAAAGAGAGAAAGGAAAAGAGGUGGAAAUAGAAGCCCAAAAAGAUUUCAAAGAAUCCCCCUCUAGCAGCUUGUUGACAGUCAAAGAGUGAUGCAUGCUGUCUAAAUACACAGACUUAAGUGUGUGCAGUUU